CUCAGUCAGGACGCUGGUCCUGACUUGGACACUAUGCCGUGCCUUCUGUUCUUUCUAGCUGCUUUUCUCCAAUUCUGUACUACAGCAGAUUCAUUCUCAGUACGUCUGUCAGGAAGUCCAAAUCUCUGCAUAGGACGGGUGGAAGUCUUUCACCGAGGCAAAUGGGGGACAGUCUGUGAUGAUGAGUGGGACGCACUAGAUGCUGCUGUGGUGUGCCGAGAACUGGACUGUGGGGAGGCUCUUUCUGCACCCCAUGGUGCCUGGUUCGGUGAAGGCAGUGGUCCCAUCUGGCUAAAUGAGGUGCGUUGCAAGGGCACUGAGCAGCACCUCCACGGCUGCCGCCAUAAAGGCUUUCGCAGGCACGUCUGCACCCAUGAAGAGGACGCCAGCGCCAUCUGCUCAGGUCAACACUUUUCUCCUUUCACUGCCUCUUCUCCUCCUCCAACUGUCAGAGAUGACAAACUGGAGGCAGUAAUGCCUGCAAGACCAGCAACUUCUGUACCUUCAGAGGGAACUCCUCUUGCCCUGCGCCUCGUAGGUGGCAGAAGUCGCUGCUCUGGCCGGGUGGAAGUUCUUCAUCAGGGCCAAUGGGGGACCGUGUGUGAUGACAUGUGGGGACUUCCAGAUGUCACUGUCAUCUGCCGUGAGCUGGGCUGUGGAGAGGCCCUGGCCGCUCCAGGCGGUGCCAUUUUUGGCGAGGGCAACAAGGUGAUUUGGCUGGAUGAUGUGCAGUGCCAAGGUGGAGAGUCAAAAUUGACAGAGUGCCUUGCCAGUCCAUGGGGGACGCACAACUGCCGACACAAUGAAGCUGCUGGGGCUGUGUGUUCAGAUGAGAUGCCCCUGACCAUGGUGGAAGAACACCUGGCCACACUUGUAAACACCUUGGCACCUCAGAGACCCCAGCCUAUACCCCACAGGAGAUCUCCACGUCCUACUCAGCCAACAAGCGAUCAGGUGGAAUAUGUAGCUCAUGAAGCAUCACGGCAUGUAGGGAAGAGCUCAACAGAAGGACAUUUGAAGGCAACACUGGUUGGACAGUGGCAGGUAAAGCUGGUGGGAGGCUCCGGAUCCUGUGCUGGAAGGGUGGAGGUUCUGCAUAAAGACACCUGGGGUACUGUGUGUGAUGAUGGCUGGGACGUGUUGGAUGCUACGGUGGUGUGUCGUGAGCUGGGCUGCGGGUCCCCACUUCUCAGCCCCGGAAAUGCACUAUAUGGGCCAGGAACUGGACCCAUCUGGUUAGAUGAUGUCAACUGCACUGGGAAAGAGUCCACACUGCAACACUGCCAAUCCCAGCCCUGGGGGCAACACAACUGCAACCAUAAUGAGGACGCUUCUGUCAUCUGCACAGGCAUGUGGAAGCCCCUGUCUUUUACAGAACCUGCCAUCAUGGAUUCAAAUACAGCUGAACUGAUUCCCCACACACAGGCACCAAGUUCUUCAGACAAGUCAGGGCUGUAUAACAUUUUGGAUACAGCUGAGGCUCCUACGCAGGGUGUACCUCCUGCUUGGGAGAUGCUAUUUCCUAGUCCACAGCACCCCGAUGAGCUAUUCCUGCCUCCCACAGAUGGGAUGGAGCUAGAAGAUGAGAAUGAAGAGCCAACAAGUCUUUGGAACGUUCAGCAGACAACCUCCGAUGAAGAAAUUCCACAAGAUGUUCAUCACACAGAGUUAACCAGUCCCCCAAAAGCAAGGUCAUCCACACACCGCAGUGGACUGGAGCUCACUGACUCCUCUGUCACAGCUCAGUCACUUUCAGCCCUGUGGGAUCUGGAAUCUGAGAGAGAAGCUGAGCCAUCAAGACCUCCAAGAACAGUCAUGCUCGAACAAGGCCUGAAGGAUGCAGUGGAUACGGAACCUUCCAUCCAGUGGGACAACAUGUCCAGAGAACCACCAGUCACAAAACAAGCAGAACUAAGUAGUUCUUCUCCUAAAAUACAUCCCGGCUCUGCAAUUUGGGUGGCAGAAUCGGAGAGAGAAAUUGAACCAACCAGCUUUUCAGGAAUAGAAUUUCAUCCAGUCACACAAGACCUCAACAGCGCAACGGAGACGGUGACGCAGGUCCACUGGAAUGACAUCCCUGGGGUGCCAGUCACACAGGAACCCGCCAAGCCCUCCACUGAAACUCCACCAGCCUCCACCAUGGGGGUCUGGGAAUCUGAGAGAGAAAUGGAGUUAGCCAUUCAUGGAGGAAUGGAAUCAUUCUCAUACUCAGAGAACUUGAAGGCUACUAGUGAGAUGGAAACGCCAACAGCCACACAGAAUGCACAACACAUGAACAACAGGGAAAACAUCAGUCUUGAAGCCCCAGACUCCUCAAAUUCCAAAGCUGAUGCAGAUCCAGAGCAAAAAGAGAGCAUGGAUAAAGAUCCUCACACUGUGAGGUCCAUUGAUACUAUCUCCACAACAGGUCAGACCAAGGCACCGGGGACAAGUGAACCAUCUGCUGAUCUGGUCACCCUCACGGCUCAGCUCAAUGAAACACCUCCUGGCUGCCCUGUUAGGCAGGAGUUGAGGAAAGAGGUUCGAGACUGCUGCUGUUCACCAGAUUCCAUGGAGAAUAUGGCCCACGCGAUGGAUGGUCUUCGUGGGGACCUGGGCUCCCUCUCCACAGCCAUCCGGCAACAAGGCUCUCAGCUGGAGGCUGUGGCCCAAAGUCUGGCUCAUCUGGCAACUUCUGUACACCAGUUGAUAGCAGUACUGCCUGCCCUGAUGAAGCCAGCUCCAACACCACCCUCUCCAGCUCCCUGUAUGCAGGAUAAGGGUGAGAUACAAAACCAGCUGCCCUUAAAAUGAUACAGCACUUCCUGUAUGUCAAGGAAGUUGCUCCUCAUACCAUACCGACUGUGGAUCCUCUAUCUCCUUUCAGCUAGCACUCCUAUUUAUCCACCAUGGAGACCUGAUUCUUCUUUGCCUGCUAGAGGAACCUACCCUAUACUGGCAUGACAAAGUCAUAAAACUAUGACCUGGAAAAAUCUGUUUUCUUCUUUUUUAUUUUAUCAUAUCUGGCCUGAUAAUGAGUUCUGGUGACUUUGAAAACUUGCACACUGUUGUGUGUCAUUGAGUUGGUCUAAAUAAAAAAAAGUAUUACAUGA